UGAUGUGACGUCACUCCCCAACACGGAAAUAACCACUUUACUGUCGCGUUGUUAAGAUGAGUUGAGUGUCCGGUCCAAUCGGGAAAAAAAAAACCCCAAAACGACAUGGCCCCCUCUUGUGAUGAUAUUAGACGGACGCUUUGAGCCUUCGAGGACGUGUGGACCCCCUGCGCUGGCACUUCACGAGGUUUGCUUUUGAGUUGGGUCGGUGGCGUCAUCAUGGGGGCUGCGGGGCGGCUGCUCUUGUGCCUUCUGCUACUCUCGUGGCGACCCAAAAUAUCGCAGGUGGCGGGGGUCAAAGCGGUCACCCUGCCGGAAUCCCUUCUGUUUGUCUCCACGCUGGAUGGAAGUCUGCAUGCUGUCUCCAAACAGACAGGAGACAUCAAGUGGACCCUCAGAGAAGACCCUGUUAUACAAGUGCCCAUCAACAUCACUGAGCCAGGUUUUCUGCCGGACCCCAACGAUGGCAGCUUAUACAUACUCGGCGGCAACCACAAAGAAGGCCUGCUGAAACUCCCGUUCACCAUUCCGGAGCUGGUUCAGUCGGCUCCCUGCCGGAGCUCUGAUGGCGUUCUCUACACGGGCAAAAAGCAGGAUGUGUGGUUCGUCGUGGAUCCUGAAACUGGAGCGAAGCAAACCAGUCUGACCACGUCCUCGUCCAAUUCCAUGUGCGCCAAGGCUCCUCUCCUGUACAUCGGACGCACAGAGUACGUGGUCACCAUGUUCGAUACCAAGAAACAAGAGCUGCGAUGGAACGCCACGUACAACGACUACUCGGCUCCCCCCUAUGAUGAGAAACUCAACUACAAAAUGGCUCACCUUGUGUCCAGCGGCGACGGCCUUGUCGUCACCGUCGACCGAGAGUCAGGUGACGUGCUGUGGAGUCAAGACUACGGCUCGCCCGUGGUGGGGGUUUAUCUGUACUCGGGCGACUCGCUCCGGCACGCUCCCCACCUGUCGCUCGCCCUUGAGACGUUGCGCUUCCUCACCUUCACCUCCCCCGCCUCCGUCACCGGCGAGCAGGCGGACGCCCACUCCACUCUCAAGUGGAGCUAUCAGUUUGUGAAGGAGCAAGCCGGCGCACAAACGCAACUUGUGCCCACUCUCUACGUGGGAAAACUGGACUCCCAUCUCUAUGCUUCUUCUUCCCUCGUUCACCACGGAUUCCCCUUAGUGCGGGGUCAGAGCCUGGGCAGGAUCGAGGGUCCCGAGACGGCCGGCGUGACGGUCAGCGGACGAGGGGAGUGUGAGAUCACGCCGUCCACUGACGUACGCUAUCCUCCUGGGAGCACGGCCAGCCGGAAAAACCACUGGUUGCUAAUCGGCCACCACGAGCUCCCACCAGUCGCGCACACCACCAUGCUGAGGGAGUUCCGAGGCAGCCUGAGCGAAGCCGUCAUCCCUCCUCGGACUCCAUCCUCGUCGCCCUCGCGCGCUUCCAACUACAACCAGCAGCGCUACUGGUCAGUUGGGCCGAGCGAUGGCGAAGAUGACGGAGGAGCUGGCGACAAGAGGAGACUGGGACGGUCCCAAAAGCUGGUCGCUUUACUUGGCGUCUACGUGACGCGGGACUGCCUGACGCCGGCGGUGGUGAGCGUGUUGCUGGGGGGAUGGCUCGCAUACGCCAUCGCAUAUAAUCGAGCAGCCAAGAAGCUAAAAGCUCAGCGGCGGCAGCAAGAGGUGGGAUUUGAAUCCUGUACCCGGCGCACUCGGGCAACGACCUUCACUUCCUCCGACUCGGCACUUUCCAUCAACACGGAGGUCUCAAGUGACUCCCAGCAUGCACCCGCAGACGCCCCGUCAAUUCCUUCCACCAACAGAAGUCGAGCCUCAAGUGCGGAGAGUAGCAGCAGCAGCACAGCGGGCCACCAAACGGCCGCAGCCGAAAACAGCGAGGAGGUGCACGUGGGCAAGAUCUCCUUCACCACUUCCGAGGCCCUCGGGCACGGCGGCUCGGGAACAUUCGUCUUCAGGGGCAACUUCGACGGACGGCGCGCCGCGGUCAAGCGGAUCCUCCCCGAGUGUUUCGAGGUGGCCGAGCGCGAAGUGCAGCUUCUGCGGCAGUCCGACGCGCACCCCAACGUCAUCCGGUACUUCUGCACGGAACGCGACGGCCUCUUCACGUACAUCGCCAUCGAGCUGUGCGCCGCCACCCUGCAGCAGUACGUGGAGGAUCCGUCGAAUUUUCCCGACCUGAGUCCGAUUUUGUUGUUGGAGCAGACCAUGUGUGGCCUCUCACACCUGCACUCGCUCAAUAUAGUCCACCGGGACCUGAAGCCUCGCAACAUCCUGCUGUCGUUCCCCUGCGCCCUGGGCAAGGUCCGGGCUCUCAUUUCCGACUUCGGCCUGUGCAAAAAGAUCCAGGACGGUCACAACAGUUUCUCGGUGCGCUCGGGCGUGCUGGGCACCGAAGGCUGGAUCGCUCCCGAGCUGCUGCUGAACAUUCCCGGCAGCAAACCGACCACCGCUGUGGACAUCUUCUCAGCGGGCUGCGUUUUCUACUACGUGAUCAGCGGGGGGAGGCACCCGUUCGGCGAGACUCUGAUGCGGCAAAUGAACAUCCUGUCGGGAGAAUAUUCGCUCUCGCAUUUCAUGGAGACGAUACACGAAGAUGUUGUGGCUCAGGACCUGAUCGAGCAGAUGAUCAGCUUGGAGGCGGUGUCUCGUCCGUCCGCCGCCUGCGUGCUCAAGCAUCCGUUCUUCUGGAGCCCCGAGAAGCAGCUGCUUUUCUUCCAAGAUGUGAGCGACCGCAUUGACAACGAACCGGCCGACAGCGAGAUUGUGCUGAACCUCGAGAGCGAGCGCCGAGGGGUGGUCCGGACCAACUGGCGGCUGCACAUCUCUGCGCCCCUGCAGAUGGACUUGAGACGUUUCAGGACGUACAAAGGCAGCUCGGUGCGAGACCUCCUGCGAGCAAUGAGGAACAAGAAGCACCACUACCACGAGCUGCCGGGCCACGUGCAGCAGAGCCUCGGCGAGCUGCCCGACGGCUUCGUGGGCUACUUCACCUCCCGUUUCCCCAAGUUGCUGAUGCACACCCACGCGGCGCUGCGCGUCUGUGCCCACGAGAGGCUGUUUCACGCCUACUACAUGCCGCCCGACGCCAAGUAGCCGUCGCAGCCGUCUCGCUUUCGCGAAGCCGUUACACUUUUUAGCUACACCUUAAGAUAGAGACCGUGGCUUGUUUCGUUUGUUUUUUUUUUUUUUAAUAUUUAUUUUUUUAAACACAUUUCAGACCAGAUUUUAGGCUGGAACUGCACAUUGCAAAAAAAAAAAAAAAGAAACGCUCGCUGGUGUGCUGAGUUGCAUAUAUAGUAUAAUAUGAUGGAAGGGAUUUAUAAUAAAGAGAUUGAUUUUAAAGAGAGUCCAAUCGGGUUUAAAUAGAACUUGUAGCAGCCCACUGCUAAUGGCUUUUGCGAAGGGGAAAAGCUUGUGCGCUCUCGAUGGUAGCAACACUGACUGAUAAAAAUGUACCACGUCCAAGACUGUACGUCUGCAGUGACGCCCAAGUGUAUUUCACAACGCACCUGCCAUAUUUUUUAAAAAUAUUGUAUAUUGAGAUGUACUGUCAUUUUUUUUUUAGAACUCAAAGCUGUUUUUUUGUGUGAACUUGUUCCCGUUACUACGGACUGAUUAAAGCUGUGGACUGCUGUAGAACCACUGUUGAGCCAUUUUUAAAAAAAAUUAAAUUUGACUUUUGAGUGUGCCAAAGAA